CUGGGCUUUAUUUUAGAAGGUUUGCAUUUCAGGAAGUAUAUAACCCUAACCUAGCAUGAUCUCUAGGGUUUGACACGUUCUAAAUCCCUCUGAUCUGAUCUGGGAGAAAUGGCUCCAAAGAAGGGCGCGAAAUUGCCGGCGGGAGUGGCUAAAAAGAAAGCGGAAAAGGUAGUGAAUCCUCUAUUCGAGAAGCGGCCAAAGCAAUUUGGUAUUGGUGGAGCGUUGCCGCCGAAGAAGGAUCUCCACCGAUUUGUGAAAUGGCCUCAAGUGGUGAGGAUUCAACGCAAGAAGAUGAUUUUGAAGCAACGCCUUAAGGUCCCGCCGCCAAUUCAUCAGUUCUCUAAAACCCUCGACAAGAACUUGGCAACAAGCUUGUUCAAGAUGCUUCUCAAAUACAGGCCUGAGGAUAAAGCUCAAAAGAAGGAGAGGCUACUAAAAAGAGCACAGGCUGAGGCGGAAGGAAAAACACCUGAGAUUAAGAAACCAAUCAUUGUGAAAUAUGGUCUCAACCAUGUUACCUAUCUAAUUGAGCAGAACAAAGCUCAACUAGUUAUCAUUGCCCAUGAUGUGGACCCCAUUGAGUUGGUGGUAUGGCUUCCUGCAUUGUGCAGGAAAAUGGAAAUCCCUUACUGCAUCGUGAAGGGAAAGGCUCGAUUGGGAACUAUAGUCCAUAAGAAGACGGCAUCUGUAUUGUGCUUAACCUCAGUUAAGAAUGAAGACAAGAUGGACUUCAGCAGGAUCUUGGAAGCUAUUAAGGCCAACUUCAACGAUAAAUACGAUGAGACCAGGAAGAAGUGGGGUGGUGGAGUUAUGGGCUCAAAAUCCCUGGCCAAGACAAAGGCCAAAGAGAGACUCAUGGCCAAGGAGGCUGCACAGAGGAUGACUUAGGCUCUUAGUCUUGCAUUUUUCUAUCAAGGAUGGAACCAUAUGAGCGAACCUUUUUUACCUUCCUUUGUUGCUACAAUUCAUGCUAGACAUUUUUGUUUCCAUGUGAUAUUUGAUAGACGAAAUGCUUUAUCGUGUCUAGUAUAUGACGAUGUUUGGUUUUGUCAGGUGUUUAUGUACUUCAAGUUUUUCGUAGAAUGAAAUGCAACAUUUUUAACG